AAUAGUUAAGGCGUAGGUGAAAGUUGCAAUAAAAGACCUCGAUCGUAAUCUAAAGUUUCGUUCUAAACAACAGCUGAUUGUUGAACGCGCCCUCUGUACCCAAACAAUGAGUCAACUUGUCAGUUGAGAUGUCAAUAAGAAACAUUUUUCUAAAAAAAUCAUUUUUUCGUUGAUAUGUAAAGCUGAUUGCAAAAUGGUUGAACCAAUUUUCGAUUAUCAAUUUCGUCUGAUUUUAAUUGGAGAUAGCACAGUCGGAAAAAGUUCUUUGUUGAAGUAUUUUACUGACGGCAAAUUUGCGGAGCUAUCAGACCCGACUGUUGGAGUAGACUUUUUCGCACGUUUAAUCGAAGUAAAAGAUGGUACUCGUAUUAAAUUACAACUAUGGGACACUGCCGGACAAGAAAGAUUUCGUUCAAUCACAAAAUCGUAUUAUCGCAACUCGGUGGGUGCCCUUUUAGUUUAUGAUGUUUGUAAUCGUGCUAGUUUCGAACACAUCCCAGUGUGGAUGUCCGAAGCAAGACGUCACAUUGAACCACAUCGACCCGUUUUUGCACUUAUCGGGUGUAAAUUAGAUCUAGUCAGUAACGGUGGUCAAAGAGCAGUAUCGAAAGAGGAAGCAAAAAAUUUCGCGGAUGCAAAUGGGAUGUUUCACGUGGAGACGUCCGCUAAAAACGGAUCAAAUGUGGAAGAAGCUUUUAGAUCUGUUACACAAGAGGUUUAUAAUAGGAUUUUAAGUGGAGAAUAUAAAGUAGAGGAUGGUUGGGAAGGGAUUAAAACGGGUUUUGCAAGACCUAAUGGAAUGGAUUUUAAUCUUGUUGAAGCAGAACCAGCUAAAACAUCAUGUUGUUAGUAGUUUUUUAGUAUUUUUUUUCUAGGCGGUAAGGAUAAAGUGUGUGAAAAAAUUAAUUUAGGAGUUAAAUGCUACAAAAGAAUUUGUACAAUUCAUUUUUAUUGUUUUAUUUGAUUGAAACUUGUAAAUAAUAUUUAUUGUGCGUUGUCUAAAAAUGAUAUGUAUCUUUAAUUAAGUGAGUUUUAAUUCAAUUUAUUAAGUUAUCUUAAAAAUAAUACCAAAAUUAGACACUUCUAAGUGUCUAAUGUGUAUUAACACCGAAUUUGUAAGUUACAAAUCAUUUUUAGUAUUUUAUUGUUUAUAUUUUAUGAAUUUUCGUUUUAAAAUGUUCCUAAGAAACAACCAAAUUUUUAUAAUACCCAAAUUUUCACUGGUAAAUGUGUAUAAAAUUAUUACAAAUUAGUCUUCUUUAUAAAAAGUGUGCAAUUAAGAAAGGAUGCAUAAUAUUUCCUUUUUAGAAUUUUUAUAAAAAUAAAAAUUUCAAAAUAA